GGGAAGAUGGCGGCGGCGACGGUCGCGCGGUGGUGGCGGGCCGGGCUCCCGGGGCUGCUCGUGCUGCUGGUGCUGCGCGGGGCCCGCGCCGAGCAGACCGAGGAGCACCUGAAACGGGAGCACUCGCUCAGCAAGCCCUACCAGGGUGUUGGAUCUUCCAGUUCCUCUCUCUGGGACCUUAUGGGCAAUGCCAUGGUCACAACUCAGUACGUCCGCCUCACACCGGACAUGCAGAGCAAACAGGGGGCCGUGUGGAACAGAGUGCCUUGUUACCUCCGAGACUGGGAGAUGCAGGUCCAUUUUAAAAUCCAUGGGCAAGGCAAGAAGAACCUGAAUGGGGACGGCUUUGCCAUCUGGUACACCAAGGAUCGCAUGCAGCCAGGGCCCGUGUUUGGGAGCAAGGAUCACUUUCUGGGGCUGGGGGUGUUUGUAGACACCUACCCCAAUGAGGAGAAGCAGCAGGAGGCUCAGAAGAGGAGGUAUACCCCUGGAAAUCAGCAUGUGUUCCCCUACGUCUCCGCCAUGGUGAACAAUGGCUCUCUCACCUACGACCAUGACCGGGAUGGACGGCCCACUGAGCUCGGAGGCUGCACGGCCACGGUGCGCAACCUGAACCAUGACACCUUCCUGGUGGUCCGCUACGUCAAAAGGAGGCUGACGAUCAUGAUUGACAUUGAUGGCAAGCACGAGUGGCGGGACUGUAUUGACAUGCCGGGGGUCCACCUGCCAAGGGGAUACUUCUUUGGGACCUCUUCCGUCACUGGAGACCUCUCAGAUAACCAUGACAUCAUUUCUCUGAAACUCUACCAGCUGACGGUUGAGCGGAGUCCAGAGGAGGAGAAGCGGGACAAAGAGGUGUUUCUGCCCGUUGUGGACAACCUGAAACUGCCCGGAGUGGAGGCCCCACUGGAACCCAUGAGCAGCCUGGCCCUGUUCUUAAUUGUCUUCUUCUCGCUGGUCGCCCUGGUGUUUGCCAUCGUCAUCGGAGUCAUAGUCUACAACAAAUGGCAGGAACAGAGCCGGAAACGCUUCUACUGACCUAGGCGCCUGCCCAGCCCCUUCCCUCGGCACACGAGCAGCUCUGCUGGAGUGGGUUGGCACGUGCCAGAGGCUAGCUGAAGAGAAGCCCUUGCCUGCUCAGCCCAGACUUUCCAGAGCCCCUUCGGAUGGCUGCUUCUUUGCUGGCCCCCAUGGGGACCGCUGCGGUCUCUCUUUGAGGCUCCCAGCAGGAGUGGACGUCCUGGAUCACAUGGGGAGCAGGCUUCGUGUGACACGUAGCGCUUCAGGAGACUCUCGAGGGUGGUGCAGUGACAGAUGGGCCGUCCCCCAGCAGCUCUUGCUUUGCAAGAUGUUUAGAAGAUGCUUGGGGCGGGUGUAGCCGACUGCUGUGUCGUUUCCGUGUUGGUGAGCCUUACGUGUGCUAUCUGGGGAUGUUCCACAGCCCAGCUAGGAGGCCAGGCACUGAAGACUGUAAAAUCCUAGAAAAGCCCCUCUGGCUUAAGGGUGAAACUUGGCCAAACCAAACGUUUCUUGCUGGUAAGAGGAGUAGUGUCCCGGCUCCCUGGCCCUGCCCCCGCUGCUCGCGGCCUGCGUUGCCGUCCAGGUGGCUUUGCUGCCUGAGGCUGGUUGGGAAGGCCGAGCUCAUCUGCCCCAGGCAGCUUGAAAUCUUUAAUCCUGGUUUUGCCAUAGCACAGCUGAAUCCUGCACCCUGAACGAAAUAUUCCACGUCUCGCUGCUGCUCCUCGUUUGCAAGUGGGGAACGGGCAGCUGUGCUAAAGGAAAACCCCUCGUUUUACAGUCACCCCAGUACGGUCUGGGCAUGAACACAGAUAUUGGCUACUGGCCUCCCAGUGCCACCCUGAUCCUGCCUGAUCUACCAGCACGAUGGCAGGGAAAGCAAGGGCUCUUCCAGGCUGCAGGCUGGCCUUGAUGCUGCACGGUCUUCUCAGCCUCUGAUGGAAAUUGACCUGAGCUGCUUCCAUUCAGUGCCUCCACGAUGCCAUGCUAGCCUGUGCUCACCUCCCCGUUCUCCCCGACAGCCGGGCUUUCCAGCCAGGGCUAAGGGGGUUUGCGCUGGUGAAGCAUGCACUAAAGAGUCUCAAUGCAGCCUGGUGAGACCAGGCCAGUCUGAGAAACCGUCUGGAUCCCGGGCUCAUUGCACAAGGGUCGGUACGUCUGCGUGCAGGGUCUCCAUGACGCUUGUUGCUGAGCAUGGGAAUGUGGUGGGCAAGGGACAGCUAGUCCCAACCCACUUCCCGUUCGUUCACACGAAGCCAGGUCACGUUGCUGGGGUGGGGUUCAUGUUGCUGUCCACAUGCAUGGACUCGCACAGCGACUCUGCCUGUUUUAACACUGGGUUCCAUUGUGAUAACCACUUGCUGCUGUCAGGGGGGCCUGUCCCUCCACCGCUGGGUCAGUCUGCAUGCACUGCUGCCUUCCUCCCUUCUGUACAUCCCGGCUUGGAGCGCAGGGGCUAUUUGCAUGUCACCAGGUCCUGUUAGUGGUGUAGGUGUGAUGUGAAAAGGCUCUGUUCUUUCUUCCUCGCCCAGAAACCUGAUGCCAGCAUUUGUACGUGGUCCCUUUGUGUUUGUGAAGGAUCUAGAUCUGGUUGUUGUAACCAGGAGUUUGGAAGCGUGCUGGCAAAGGAAGGUCAGAGGGUUUAUUGGCCUGGCGGAGACCUUAGCUAUGAUUGGGAGAGUUCUGAUCUCUACAAAAGCUUUGCUGCCUUUCAGGGAGGGUUAGUUAUUUCCUACCUCAAUGACUGCUGUGUUUUAGUGAGUUCUUGCUUUCUGUAGGUCCUGCUGAGGGUGCUGAGUCGCUCAUAAUACCGAUGCAGAGGGGGGAGAAGGGUCCCCUGGAAAUUCUGGGUAUAACACUUUGUCCCUGACACUGUUCCAUUCUGUAGUGUCAACAGGCCUGUAGCUGUGAGCUCCAUGUGGACAAGGCUUGGCUGGCUCGACACAACACACCAGAGCCAUGUUCUCACCUUAACCUAGCCAACCACGUCUAGCUGGAUCUCGUGCCCUUGUUACAGUGACAGUAAAACCAGCCCCUGACGGCUCCUCCCUGCCUGUCAAGCCAUCUCUGGGGCCCAAUAAUGAGGGCUGGGAUGAGGAGAAGGUCUGAGCUGAGGAAAUGCCAGGACUCCUCAGAGGAACCUGCCCUUUGAAGGAGGAAGGUUUAGAUUCAGAAAGUCCUCUCCCUUCCAAUUCCUGUCACGGCAGCAGAGCCUGGAUUCCUGAUGUCUCUGCACCCAAGGGUGGCCAUGGCCCAACUAAGUAAAGAACAUGGUUAUUAGCGAAGACUUUCAAAAGACUUGUGAUUUUUUUUUUUUUUUAAGUGCCUCAGUUUUUGGGCACCUAACUGGAGACAUCUUAAAAAGCCUCCCUGUUUGGAGCAGGGCUCCCAGCCCCUUGUGAAAACCAGGCCCCUUUCAGGGGUCUCCGGCUGGGCACCCAAAAUCCCCAAUUGCUUUUGAAAGUCUUGUAUGUAAACCCUGCCCUGCUCCGGGAGUGGCCAGCCAGGGGCACUGGGACAGGUGCGGUCACCAGCAUUGCUCCUGGAGCUGGGCUAACAUGGCCCAGCCAGGAAGCAGCUGUUGUAGCCGGUGCUCCGCAGGGAGUGAGAGGCAGCAAGCGGCGUUGUUAACCGAAGGGUUCCUGAGAUCUGCUGGUGGUGUGCCCUGUUGGGCAGGAGCUGCCAGUACCAGUGGCCAGAUGGACGCUGCAAUCUGCAGCCUUAAUGCGAUGGACUUUACAGAGGCACGAGACUUGAUCAGCAGAGGUGCAGGUGAGAAACUGCGCUCUUUACCCAGACCGCAGGUAGCUCAUGGCCUGGGGGUGAGGGUGAAAUAGGGCAGGGGGAAGCCAAGUGACUUACUGCAGCUCCUGGUAUGGUAAAACCUGCAGCUCUUGCAUUGCAGGCCCGUGCUAAUAGGAGGACGUGGGCUUUCUGAAGUGUGGAGUGACUGCAGGCCACAGCUUGGGGCCUCUGCUCUGGACACUGAAAUGUGAUCCCUGCUUGCGUAUCUUUGAGUUCCGCCCUAUUUCCCUCCCAACGCAGUUCAGAGCCGUGGCCUCUGUAGGAAAAUCAGUGACGAGGCUUCAGGAGGUGCUUCCCUCUGCAGAAAGGAUCCGCCUAAGACGUUUGCUCCCGUGACUGCAUAUCUAAGCCCCCUGCCCUGAGGGUGGCAACCUGGCAUUUGCUGUAGCAGGGUGGCUUGGUCUGGUAGGAUGCCUCUGGGGGAGAUUUUACAUGUGGCAAAGCACGAGGGCAGCCUGAAAGUGUGGGUUCUGCUUUUUUGCCUCUUUUAAAACAUUUUACCUGAUCAACAGAACUGUAUGUGUGUA